AUCCAAUAACGAAAACAAAAACAAAAACGUACAUCAUCUCUUUUUUGAUCGUUCGCAUCGCAUCGUCAUUUUAGUCGAAAUCAUUCUAGUUAUUUAGUGAUAAAGAUAGUGAUUUACUUUCUUCGGAAACGCAACACGCAAUGAGCAAAGAUGACUAAUCACUUGGUGGUAGCGUUAUUCGGGAUUUUCCUUCUAGCUUCCGGCAGUGGAUGGCGAUUAGCAGCGGCAGCAUCCGGUCAAUGCCGUCAGUUGAAUCCGUGUCGGUGCGAGUACGAAAAUGGCCAGGGAAUCGACAUCAGCCAGGUGCUCACCAAGGUGGAAAACUAUCUGAACACGGCGGAUCCGAAAACGCAGGACAAAUACUACUUUCACCCGUGCCAGGACAUCAAAGAACUCCCGAGCGAAGGCAAAAAGUGCAGUUCCGGGGACGGCUAUUCGCUGUGCAGGUUCAACAAUGCAAGCCAAACGUAUGAAAAGCUGGGGACAAUUAAGGACAGCAGUUUCCACACGGACGGCGGAGGGCAACAGUUUUUGGUCUACAAAAUGAAUGCAAAAGUUACAUCGAUUCAACUCCUGUGCUUGAAACACGACCAAUCUUACCUCUAUGUUGAUCUGGACAAAGCUCAUCUAAGUGCUGGCAACGAAACCAGUCUGAUCUUGUUCUCUCCCUACGCGUGUCCGAUAACGAUCGAAGAGAUUAGCAAACCCAGCACGGGAGGAGUGCUGCUGAUCCUAUUCCUGAUUGGCACCUUCACCUAUUUCACGAUCGGUUCCAUUGUCCGUUUCAUGUACUUAGGAGCUCGCGGUAUCGAAGUCAUACCGAACUUGGACUUCUGGAAGGAUUUGCCAGGGCUUGUGCGGGACGGAGCUCGCUUCCUGCAGAAUGGAUGUCGUGUCGAGCGACGGCAACCGGAUCCCGAUUCGUACGAUGCCAUCUAGGGAACAGGGCGCGUGCACGGUUAGGCUGAUUUAUCCAACGGAUCGCCAUACGUCAUCGAAUCACAAUAACUGAACUUUAUUUUAAGCCAGUUCACCCAGCAGCUGUAAUAGAUCAAAAAGUCAGUAGGAUAA